AUGUCAGAAGGUGUUAUUGCUAAGCUGAUAGUCAAUGAUAUCAGGAAUCAGCCUGCUAUGAAGCCGAAAGCCAUUCAAGCAAAGAUUGAAGAGCGUUACAAUUUGCUGGCAACUGAUGAUCAGUGUAGGAAAGCGAGGAAGAAGGCUUUAGAUAUCAUCCAAGCCGAGUACGAUGAACAAUUUGCAAGGAUAAAGGACUAUAAGCUUGAAAUACUCGAGUCAAACGAAGGAUCCACUGUAGAUGUUAGAACAGCUAUAAAUGAAGGUGGUUUUGAAGUUUUUGACAGGUUUUAUGUGUGCUUUGCUGCACUAAAGAAAUCCUGGAAAGCGCAUGGCCGACCUAUUUUUGGUAUCGAUGGAUGUUUCCUAAAAUCUGGUACCAAGGGUCAACUGCUUGUUGCUAUUGGAAGAGAUGCUAAUAAUCAGAUAUACCCUAUCGCAUGGGCUUGUGUGCAAGUAGAGGACACAGAGAGUUGGUUGUGGUUCAUACAUAAGCUGAAAGGCGAUCUUAAUCUUCGUGAUUGUGAUGGUUUCACACUGAUUUCAGAUAGACAAAAGUGGUUAUUAAUAGCAGUGGAGAAGGAGUUGCCUAAAGUCGAGCACCGAAUGUGUGCAAGACACAUUUAUGGAAAUUUGAGGCGAUUCCACCCAAAGAAACCGAAGCUGAGAACUUUGUUUUGGGAGAUUGUCCACAGUUUUAACGAGGCUGACUUCGACGCAGGCAUGAAGAAAUUGGAGGCAUAUGAUGUAGAGGUCUAUGAAGCUUUCAAACAGAGGAAUCCCAAUAGCUGUAGCCGUGCUUUCUUUGGCAUCAGAUCAUCAUGUGAACAUGCACUUAACAAUUUUUCAGAGUCUUACAACAACGUUAUUGAAAAAGCACGAGCACUGCCCUUGAUUGAGAUGUUAGAGACGAUGAGGAGGCAGACUAUGGUGAGGAUUUCACUUAGGAAAGAGAAGGCUGGGAAGUGGAAUAAGAGACACAGUCUGAAAGUUGAUAAGGUCAUUGCCGCAGAAGAGAAAGAAAGGAAGUAUUGUAGUGUGGCAAUUCCUAGCACUAAUGGAACGUAUGAGGUGAUUGAGAACGGGAUAGCCCAUAAAGUUCAUAUGGGAUUGAGGACUUGUACUUGUCGAAGGUGGGACUUGACUGGGAUACCGUGUAGAGACGCCUUGAAGGUGGUGUUGUUAAGAAAGCUCAACGUACAAAACUACAUCUCCGACUGGUAUUUGACAAGCGAAUGGGUGGUGCAGUAUAGUGAUACCAUUGAAGCUAUGAAUGGUUUCAAAUUUUGGAAGAAAUCAGGUGAACCAACGCUGACAGCACCGCCAAGAGAGCCUUCUACGGGUCGGAAUAAGCUGCCAGAAAAGAGAAAGAAUGGGAUAAACGAGGAGCCAAAAAAGGGGAAGAAGGUGACCAACCAUGGACGAACAAUGCAAUGCUACAGAUGUGGUUUGAUGGGACAUAACUCAUUGAAAUGCAAUAAUGGAGGUGUUCCUUACAAGCCUAGGAAGCCAAAGAAGGCAAAAACUAAAACCACAGGUGGCAUGGACAGUGGAGAAGGACCAAGCCAACAAAGCCAACCAACUCAAACUUCUGGUUUUUAG